AAAAUGUGAUUAGAUAUUGAAUUUACAAUAUUAUUUAAAUUCGACAGCUCUGAUAUUUUACUAUGACGUCAGUUUUUUAUCCACUCGAAGUUAAUAUUGAAGUUGGUUACGUUUGAAUGUUUUCCUCAUUCCGUCCAUCCACGCUGCUCUCAUGUGCUGUCAAAAAUCUCGCCAGUCAUAACCGGAUAAUGCCAAAACGCUCUCUGGGCGUGUCACCAGUAAAGAAAAAAUUCAAAUCUCAUCACAAUCAAAUUUCCCAGAAGAUGGUCAUCCCCCAGAGUGAUUCUCCCUCCGUUGAGGAUUCUAACCUAGCUGAUGACAGAAUCACUGCUUCAUCUAUGAGUGAUAUUAAAAUUGAAGAGGCAACUGCUAACAUCAAAGUGGAGUACUUGGACAUCCCGAUCAAGUCUGACAAUGACAAAAAAGAGUACAGGGUUAUUAAACUGCCAAAUGGACUCACUGCCCUUUUGAUAGCUGAUUUAUACACAGCAAAUGGUGCCUGUGGAAAUGACGAAAUCUCUGAGGCCGAUACAGAUGAAUCAUCGACAGAUGGUUCAGACGCCGAGUGCUCCUCCUCAUCAGACGCUUCAGAACUCAUGGAGAGUUACUCAGACGAUGAGUGCACAUCUCCAAAGGCCCCAAAGAAAGACGAGAAGAUGGCAGCCUGUGGUCUUUGCGUGGGUGUUGGUUCAUUCAGCGAUCCUCCAGAGAUCCAGGGUCUUGCCCAUUUCCUGGAGCACAUGGUUUUCAUGGGCUCGAAGAAAUAUCCCCUGGAGAACGAUUUCGAUGCCUUUAUAACAAAACGCGGUGGCUCAGACAACGCCUCCACCGAGUGCGAGCAGACGACAUUCUACUUCGAAAUCGAUGAGAAACACCUGCUGAGUGCUCUGGACCGUUUUGCCCAGUUCUUCAUCAAUCCCCUGAUGCUGAGGGAUGCUAUAACUCGGGAAAGAGAAGCAGUGGAGAGUGAAUUCCAGAUGGCAUUGCCUUCUGACUUCUAUCGAAAGGAGCAGCUCUUCUGCAGCUUCGCAGAGUCACACCAUCCAGCGAAAAAAUUCCCCUGGGGAAAUCUCGUGUCCCUUCGUGAUAUGGUAACAGAUGAUAAACUUUAUGAGGAGCUCCAUAACUUCAGGGAACGCCACUACAGCGCCCACAGGAUGACAAUGACAAUUCAGGCUAGAUUACCCUUGGAUACUCUCGAGGAUUAUGUGAAACAGUGUUUUGUCAAUGUUCCCUGCAAUAAUCUCCCUCCAGACGAUUUCUCCAGGUUCAAUGGGUCAAAGUCCUUCGAUACCGAUCACUUCAGACGAAUUUAUAAGAUAAAACCAAUCAAAGACAUCUGUCAGGUGGAGCUCACGUGGGCAAUGGGAUCGCUGCACCAUCUGUACAGAUCAAAACCCCACCAGUACGUCUCCUGGCUGAUAGGACACGAGGGCAAGGGCUCCCUCAUCAGUUAUCUGAGAAAGAAAAUGUGGUGUCUUGAUGUAUUUUCUGGGAAUGGAGAGAGUGGCUUUGAGCACAGCUCCAUGUACGCACUCUUCAGUUUGUCCUUAGUUUUGACAGACGAGGGUCACUCACACCUGAAGAAAGUCCUCGAUGCCAUUUUUUCGUAUAUCAACAUGAUUCGCAAACUGGGACCUCAGAAGAGGAUUUUCGACGAGAUCAAAAUGAUCGAGGACACCAACUUCAGGUUUGCUGACGAGGUGCCGCCUGCUGAGUACGUGGAGGACCUCUGCGAGAACAUGCACUUUUACUCACCUGAGGACUAUAUCACAGGAAGUGAUCUCUACUUUGAGUAUAAUCCAGAGGGGAUAGCUGCUUGCAUGGAAGCACUAACACCUGAUAAUGUGAAUAUCAUUCUCUUUGACAAGAAAUUCGAUGACGAGAAGUUUGAGAAGGUGGAGCCCUGGUUCCAGACGAAAUACACCGACUCAAAGAUCCCAGAGGAUUGGAUCAAAUCCUGGAAAACACUGGAGCCAUUCGAGGAGUUCCAUUUGCCAGAACCAAAUAUCUUUAUUACUGAUGACUUCAGUCUCAUUCCCAUUGAGUCAGAGAUCCUUUAUCCCAGCAAGAUUCAUCAGGAUGCCCUCUCAGAAAUCUGGUACAAGCCGGACUCAAAGUUCAGGCUGCCAGAGUGCUAUAUGCACUUUUAUUUCAUUUCUCCAGAGGUCGUAGCAUCUCCGGAGGGCGCUGGGAUGACUGACCUCAUGGUGACGGUUCUCAAACAACUUCUGGUGGAGGAACUGUAUCCAGCAACCGCUGCAGAGCUCAAUUAUCAGAUUGAGCAUGGUGAAAAUGGACUCCUAAUAAAAGUCUGUGGAUUCAAUCAAAGGCUUCUUCUUCUGCUAGAGACAAUCUCUAGGCACAUCGCCAACUGUUCCGAGCUCAUUACCGAGAGCUUAUUUCAGAUCAUGAAGGAGGAACAGCUGAAGGACUAUUACAAUACCUUUCUCAAACCCUCAAAAUUGAAUAAAGACGUCAGGCUUUCCAUUCUGAUCGUUAAUCACUGGACAGCUGUUGAUAAACAUGCAGCCGUGUCAGGAGUGACUUACGAUCAGUUUAAGAAUUUCGUCAAGUACUUUUGCAAUCACGUCUACGUCCAAUGCCUCGUCCAGGGGAAUAUGAGGGAGGAGGAGGUCAUCAAGAAUGCACUCAAAUGCUUUAAAAUUCUUGGAUGCAAACCACUGCUGCCCAAUACUUUCCCCAGGCAUCGUGUCAAUAUCCUCCCCAAGGGUGAAGUGCGAUGCUGCAGAGUCAGAAAUUUUAAUGGAACGGAUGCUAAUUCUGUGGUCACUAAUUAUUAUCAAUCGGAUUUGUUCUCGACGAGACUCUCGGUUAUCAUUGAGCUCCUUAUGAUACUCAUGGAGGAGCCGAUAUUCAAUCAGCUCAGAACUCAGGAGCAAUUGGGGUACAAUGUCUUUGCCAUGUUGAGGAAUACCAGUGGAGUCUUUGGAUACUCUGUGACGGUUCACACCCAGGCUGAUAAAUUCUCUGUGGAAUUUAUUGAUGAGAGAAUUGAGGGGUUCUUGAAGAGCUUUAAUGAGAUACUCAAAAAGUCCACGGAGAAAGAACUCGAGGGGAUCAAGCAGGCUUUGAUCAAGGUCAAGCAGUGCGCGGAUAUUCAUUUGAAGGAGGAGGUCACCAGGAAUUGGGGAGAAAUUACAGCGAAUCAUUACGUUUUUGAUAGGUUGGCUAAGGAAGUGGAGAUGGUUUCGGAGAUCGGUCUGGAUGAGCUUAGGGAUUGGCUGGAGAAUCAUAUAAUUGGGGGAAAGAACCUGAAGAAGUUAAGUGUUCAGGUUGUGGGGAAUGAUAAGAGCAAGAGCUCUGGAGAAGAGAAUUGUGUCCCUGAUAACGAGGAAAUUCAAAAGAAUUCCAAGAGGAAGAACUUGGUAAAGUAUGGGGGGGAGUUUGAGUACAGUUUGAAAUUAAUGAAAAACUUGCCAACAGAAAAAUUGGGAAAGCCUGAUGAUUAUUACAUCACUGACAUCGAAGAAUUUAAACAUGGAUUGUUCGUUUACCCUGUAACAGUAGAAGUGGAUUGAUGAGUUUGGUAGAGCACGAAAUAAAAUUUAUUUAAUACACCCAAUUAUUCUUGUUGUCAUUUGAUACCUGAAAAAUUACUGGACUACUCUAUAUCGAGAAUGGGAAAUAAAACAAUGAGUUUACACAUACAAUUCUUCUUCCAUUUAUUUCUUCCCAAAAAUUCACUCGAGUUUAUGCAGAGUCUAAUGAAUACUUUCGGUUAUCUGCGGAUAUUGUGGUAAUUUUCUCUCAUUUCUAGUAACUUCAAACUUAAUUUUUAUCUCUUCACUCGAAUUAACGCCUAUGUGCACACAUACCUUCUAUGGGAUAAAUAAAUGUUAAUGAUGUGAAAUUUUAUAUGUCUGUGUCUGAAGGCGAUUGCCAGAGAACUCUCCGAUUUGCUCAGUCGUGUUUUUCAAGACACGAAUAUACGUUAUUUUUCAUUAAUUUUAAUUGAAAAAAUGGUGGAUAUUUAAUAGCUGACGUGUAUCGACAUUUUUCACAAACCAUCAUGUUUUUCGUAGAAUUUUCUUUUUUUUUAUAAGAGUAGACUCUGGACCGCAGAAUUACAGCACUUAUUUCAUUGCAAAUAAAGUAAUAAUUGAAACAAUGUUAAUUUAAUGAAAAAUUAAUUAAACACAAAUGAUUAAUUGAUAAUAGCUUACAAUAACAUUUUGCUUGGCUUUUUGCGUUAAUAUAUGGUCAUUUCAUAUUGUUUAUUCCGCUAACAAAGGGAAGAACAUAAACAAUUGCAGAAAUUCGUUUUUAAAUUGCUUGUUUUGUUUUAUCUUUGCAUUUUCAUAUCUACUAUUUCAUUAAGAACAUUAUAAUAAUGGGACCCACGUGCGCUUCAUUCUACAUUGGAUAGUGUUUUCUCAUUUUAAAUUCCCUCAAAUUCAGUUUUCAGAAUCGGCACAAUUUUCUACAGAAUAUUUUAUGAAUUUAUCAUUUUCUCUAAUCGUUUUUUAGGUUUCGAUUAUUCAUUUUUUGAAUGAUUAUUUAUUUAUCCCUUGCUUCUUUUCAUAGCAAUGAAGUCAUUGAGAAUUACUGAAUGAUAAAUUAUUUUUAAAUCAAAUCAUAAUGAGAUUACACAUUAUCAAA